AUGACUCUUAAACCAAUUGAAGCAAGUGAAAUUAUUAAAGAAAUCCCACAAGGAUGUGAAGAGUCAGAAAUGCCAGCAGCUGCAAAUACUGAAAUUUUUGAGACUAAAGCAGAAGAAAAAUUAUUAACUAAAGAAAUAAAAGACAUCAGAGAUAAAAAACAAAUUAAGUCAAAAAUUAAUGAAGUCACUAAACCAAAGAAAAAUGAACCUCAAAUUACAAAGGCUUUAGUCAAAAAAAUUUACAGUCAACUUAAACUUGUUCCUCCUGAAAAUGGAAAAUAUGUCUCAAAUGAAGAGUCUGUUCUUGACAGAAUGAAUGACCUCAGAGAAACCAUAUUGGCUUCAUUGAUUAAAUUUUCCAAAGUAGAACAAGAUGAGGGUUUAAAAAAAGUUUUUGAGGAUUCAAGUAAAGUAAUAGAAGAUAAAAUUUCUCAAAUUGAAAUUAGUCAAGUCAAAUUACUUAUUAAUAAGUUUAGUCAAAACCAAAAUAUCUCUGAAGGAGAUUCUUUCACUCAUUCUUUUGCUUUACAACAAGAAGACCUUGAAAAGAAAGAAGAAAAUAAUGAGGUUAAGAGUCAAGAUAAAAAAGAUCAUAAAAAACAUGAGAAAAAAGACCAUAAAAAAGAAGAGAAAAAACCGAAAUCAUCAGCGGUUCAUUCAAAAGAAGAAACAAAAGAUAAUAACACUAAGGAAAAUAAAUCCAAAGAAGUUAAAGCAAAUAUUGAUGAGGAAUUUGCUCGUCGUUUGACUGUACGAAAAGUAAGUACUGGUUUUAGUGAAGAAAAGAAAGAAACUAAAGAUGAAAAGAAACUAUGGCUUCCACCACGUAAGAGAAUAAGUACUUAUAUAACUGAAGACCAGAAAAAGGAAAAAUUAGAAGAUAAAAAAUCAGAGAUUAAUGACAACAAAACGACAAAAGAAGACAUAGGUGUUGGUCUAAUUAGUAAUCCCAAAGAUAAAAAUGAACAUGAGUUAUUUACCAGUCGUUUGAGUCUACGAAAAGUUGCCGACAACAUCGUAGAAGAAAAGAAAGUAGAAGCAACCAAAGACAUUGACCCUAAGGAAAAGAAGUCUAAAGAAAUUGAUGGAACUACACUUGAUGAAUUUGCUCGUCGUUUGACUGUAAGAAAAGUGGGUAAUAGUGUUAGUGAAGAAAAGAAACCAAAGCCUCCAACAAAUGAGGAAACAAAAGCUGAAGAAAAAGUUAAAGAAGUCAAAAAAGUAAAAGAAGAAAAGAAAGGAGAAGCUAAGGAAGAAAAGAAAGAGAAAAAGGAAAAGAAAGAGAAAAAGGAAAAGAAAGAGAAAAAGGAAAAGAAACCAAAGUCCACAUCAACUGAAGAAUCAGAAACUGAACCUGUUAAAGAAAAGAAAGAAGCUAAGAAAGAGAAAAAGGAAAAGAAAGAAGAAAAAGAAAAGAAAGAAGAAAAAGAAAAGAAAGAAGAAAAAGAAAAGAAAGAAGCUAAGAAAGAGAAAAAGGAAAAGAAAAAGGAAAAGAAAGAGAAAGAAGAAAAGGAACCAAAGUCCACAUCAACUGAAGAAUCAGAAACUGAACCUGUUAAAGAAAAGAAAGAAGCUAAGAAAGAGAAAAAGGAAAAGAAAGAAGCUAAGAAAGAGAAAAAGGAAAAGAAAGAAGAAAAAGAAAAGAAGCCAAAACCAGCAAUAUCCAAAGAGGAAAAUGCUGAGGUUGUUAAAGAAAAAAAGGAACACAAGAGACAUGAUAAAGAACAUAAAAAACAUGAUAAAGGGUCGAAGAAAGAACACACUAAAAAGCACAAGAAACAUGAGAAAAAAGUAAAUGAAAAACCAGAACAUAAGGAAGUGAAAUAA